CGAUUGUUUAUGUUAGUUUGCAUUAUCAAGCACCAAGUGUUGCAUGUAGAGUGAUAUAGUUUUUUGACAUUCCGUGCGUUUGAUCCAGGAUGAGCUGUAACAGCGCGAGACGACCUUUCACCGUGUUCGUGGAGGGCAAUAUCGGGAGUGGCAAGUCAACUUUCCUGUCCUAUUUCAAUGAUUUUGCUGAUAUUUUCGUCGCCCUAGAACCAGUACAUUUGUGGCAGGACGUCAAUGGACACAAUAUAUUGGAAUUGAUGUAUGAGACUCCAUUGUUGUGGAGCUUUGCGUUCCAGUCUUUGGUUCAAAAAACUAUGCUCGACAUUCACACUGCCAAAUGCUCACAGCCCGUGAAAAUGAUGGAAAGGUCUCUCCAAAGUGGCAGGCAUGUUUUUAUUGAAAAUCUAUAUCGGCAGAAUGUAAUGGCGUCUGCUGAGUACACCGUGCUGACCUCUUUUUACGAAUCGAUGCUGAAGAAUUUCGAUGUCAACGGAGACCUGAUAAUUUAUUUGAGGUCGGAUCCUGAGGUCGUUUACAACAGGAUGAGAGAGAGGGGUAGAACUGAAGAGAACCAAGUAUCUCUGGAAUAUUUGAAGCAAAUCCAUCAACUUCACGAGGACUGGCUCGUUCGAAAGACGGUAGUGGGAAAUUUACCUCCGGUUUUGAUCCUGGACGCGAAUAGCAGUCUCGCAACGAUGGAAAAGGAGUUUAAAAAAUGUGAAAAUAUAAUUUAUAGUCGCUUAAAUCAAUUAGAUUCUGCGCAGUUAAGCAAUGCGUCCACGCCUGAUAUCCUUACUAUGGUCUAAAACGUAUCACAUUUAUCUCAUAAGUUCAUUCAUAUUCGAACAAAGUGUAUUAUUUAGUGUUUUUCUUCAUCUAUUUGAAGAAACUACUGUAUUAUUUCGUAUUUUUACCUCUUGAUUUAUUCAUUGUACAUAUUGUUACCUCUAUUUUUAAACCCCCCCCCCCCCCCCCCCCAAUGAAAAAUGAAGAAAGUAAGUUUUAUACAACCGGUGUUUUGUUUUAAAAUACCGCACCCUCAAUUCUAUUAGAACCAGAGUGCUGUAACUGGACCUGUUGUACAAAAGCCAAUCAAGGAAAUGAUCGAAGUAUCAUUCCAAGUUGUUGGCGUGUUAUCAAUGUAGGGAAAUAAUGGAGCUGAUGCGAGAUUCAUUCAAUAAUUUUAAAAUGAUAAAAUUUAUUAUUUCCAAUUAUAAAAUAAAAAACGAUAGGGAAACUUGUGGCGGUAUUUGAAUUUUCUCAAAAUUUGGUAAUAAUCCUCCAAUUAUCUUCCAUUUAUUGUUAAGAAAACUAAUAAUAAUGUCUCCUUGCAUAUUUGCACUUAUGAUUUCUUGCACAGAUGAAAAUUCAUAAUUUUCAUAGAAUCUGUUGCUUAGUUUUCGUUUAAAAAAUAGAACAUAGAAACUUGCAACGUUGCAAUCUGCAAAUACACAUUUUCUUUAUUUUAGGCAUCACAUUAAUAUGUGACCGUUCACAAGUUGCUUUCUUUAGUUGACAUGAUAAAAAUUUCAGUAGAACUAUAUUUUGUUGAGUUGAAUUAAAUCAAAAGGAAUUAUAAGCAUGCGGUUUGCUUGUUAGAUAUGUACAUAGUACCAUUUGACUUUAGUAAUUUUCAAAUCGUUCCUUUUAGCAUAUAUGUGUCCAAUUAUGAUCUGUA